AUGCCUGGCUCUACCAGCUCCUCGCCCAUGGCGCGCAGUCCUCGGUCCAGAUCGCCGGCAGUGUCAGGAAGGACAGAUGACUCGGGUCGACUGCUCCCUCCUCUUGGAGCAGGUCAGGCCCGGAAUGAGACACAAGACAUACACAACCCAGCACCUUCAGACGGCGCCCCCAAAAUCAUGCGAUCUGCCCCGACAGGCUCGCCCUUGUCCACCAAAGAAGCCGGCGAAUUUCCCUUCAAUGCGCCAGUGAACGCGAACGGGGCUAGUAUCCCCCUCGGAACCACUGAAGCUCCCAUCCGCGCCACGAAACCCUCGUCACACAUAUCCAAUGGCUCCGCCAGCUCCUACUACCCUCCCUUCGCGCCCAUGUCCCGACACCCCACCGAGGGCGAGCUCUCCGACGCCCCGCGAGAACGCAAGAGCGUGCAAUUCGCUCGUUCGGCCACAUUCACAUCCGACCCACCCGCAGCAAACUCGCGGCAGCAGUCAUGGGAGGUGGAAGACAGCGAAGGAAAGGGCAAAGAGAGGAGCACACAGAGCUCGUCCCUCAUGGGCAAGCUGAGGGCACUGGCAGCGCCCAUCCAGGGACACGGCCGGAGUCUGAGCGCUCUGACAGCCUCUGGCCAGGAAGGCGGCUCACCUCACGGCCAACUUUCUCCAACAUCCGAGCUCGACGAGCCGCGAUACGACAGCGAGGCUGACGCUGAUGGCGAAUCAAGCGCGGGCGAGGGUGCAUCGAGAAGACCGAGACAAAAGAGGCGGAAGAGCAGCCGGCGUUGGUUUGAUGGCGAGGGCGAAGGCACACAGACAGCCCCUACCACACCCAAGCAGUCCACCGGUGGCUUCUUCUCGCGUGACUCACCCAACAUGACACCCACCUCGACCCGUCCAGGCUUCCUACGCCGAUCGACCAUGGAUGACAUACCCGAGAACGAGCGCCAGGGCUACUCAGAGGACGAAGGCCGUUCGCGGAUCGCGAAGGAGAGCGCUUGGACACGCGGACUGCAUAGUGCGAGAGGACUUUCAUACGGAGGUCUCCGGAGACACGACCCCAACGCCGAAGAAUCUGAAGGACAAAGUCGACCUACGGGAAACUUGCGAAGCUUGACUACAUUCAGGGGUGCUGCUGGUGAGAAUGGACAACCCUCACCAUGGCGCAUGCGUAGCGAGCGAACAUCAAGUCUGAGCGCGCAAAAGUGGAAGUCGAUCAAGAACAGCCUCAAGCUUUUGGGCAAUCGUCAAAAGGCAGAACGCCAGAUCGACCACGCAAAGUCGGCUGAACUCAUGGCCGAAUUGCUUGCAGGUGCGCCUGCAGCCUUGUUCUUUGCGAGUAUGUUCCAGCGCGAUGAGCAUGGUCACCGAAGGAUACCAGUCCUUCUUGAGCAGCUCAAGGUCACCAUCACCGACACGGAUCGCUCUGCCAAGAAGGAGGGCGAUCGUCACACUGCAUUGCGUAUCGAAUUGGAAUACGGUAGCGGUCUGACUAGGAUGAAAUGGGUAGUCUACAGGAGUGUUGCCGACUUUGCAAAUCUGCACUUGAAAUUCAAAGUCCAGGAGAAGCAGGAUGCCUUCCGUAGCCGUCCGGCUAAUCGUAUGCGAGAAAUCAAGGACAAGGCCGCCAAAGACGGCGAGAAUGAAAAGGAGGAAGAAAAAGAAGAUCCGCGGACGAAGCUCCCGCGCUUCCCCAGGAGUGUCUUGCCUUACCUUCGAGGACUCCGCGGCUAUGGCAUCCUAGACGACGAAGGCGAGGAAGAGGAGGAAGAGGUUGCAGUCGGUGGAGGAGCAAGCGGACCCGAAGGCGACGCAAGCGCUACUGAACGACCAAAUAGACCGAGGCGGGGGAAGUCAUCAUUCCUCGGACGUAGGCAGUCGAGUGUAAGUGGAAGCCAGGCCCAGGGCGCUGUUGGUGCCCUCGUAGCGAGGCAAGGCAGUUUUGCUGGGGCCGCUGGUCAGCCUCUACAGGCGAAACAGACCCAUCAUGACCGGCAACGGAAGAAGUUGGAACAGUACCUGCGAGGUCUCAUGACCUAUCUCAUCUUCCGCCCUGACAGCAAUCGCCUGUGCAAGUUUCUCGAGCUGUCUGCUCUUGGUGUCCGCCUAGCGGCCGAGGGCGGCUAUCAUGGCAAGGAAGGUUACAUGAUGAUUAAAUCUUCAAAGGGCGUUGACAAUAGGAAAGGCUGGACCAAGAUAGCUAUGAUGAACCGUCACUGGCCAAAAUGGUUCUUGGUAAGGCACAGCUACGUUGUCUGUGUAGAUUCACCCGAGGAGAUGAACGUCUAUGAUGUCUUCCUGGUCGAUGCAGACUUCCAUCUUGACACCAAAUCCGCUAGGAUAAGAGACAAGAAAGCCAGAGAUCUUGCAAGCGAAGCGAAGGCAUCCGCAACAGGUCAUCACCAACUGAAGCUGGUCAACGCCGAACGCAAGAUGAAGUUGCUUGCUCGCAACGAGAGGAUGCUCCAUCAGUUUGAGGAGUCCAUUAACUUCAUGUCACAGAACACACUAUGGUCUCAACGCCAGCGCUUCGACAGCUUUGCCCCUGUGCGCAAGAAGAUCUACGCACAAUGGCUUGUAGACGGUCGCGAUUAUAUGUGGAAUGUGUCUCGAGCUAUUAGUAUGGCGCGGGAUGUCAUUUACAUUCACGACUGGUGGCUCAGUCCUGAACUCUACCUGCGGCGCCCAGCUGCCAUUAGUCAGAAGUGGAGACUGGACAGACUGCUCCAGCGCAAAGCACAGGAAGGUGUCAAGAUUUUUGUGAUUAUGUAUCGCAACAUUGGUGCCGCUAUUCCUAUUGACUCCGAGUACUCCAAGUUCUCUCUGCUCGAUCUGCACCCGAACAUUUUUGUUCAGCGAUCGCCAAACCAGAUCCGCCAAAACACAUUCUUCUGGUCUCAUCACGAGAAGAUUUGCGUUAUUGACCACACUGUUGCUUUCUGCGGAGGUGUUGACCUUUGUUUCGGUCGUUGGGAUACACCACAACACGUUGUGGUUGACGACAAGCCUACGGGCUUCGAACUCGAUGACACACCCAAAGACGCCGACCACUGUCAGCUGUGGCCGGGUAAGGACUACUCCAACCCCCGUGUGCAAGACUUCUUUGCUCUCGACAAACCCUACGAGGAGAUGUACGACCGCUCGAGAGUCCCUAGGAUGCCAUGGCACGAUGUCGGUAUGCAGAUUGUGGGUCACCCAGCCCGCGACCUGACCCGCCAUUUUGUACAGCGGUGGAAUUACCUGUUGCGCCAGCGCAAGCCCUCUCGACCCACGCCCUUCCUUCUUCCACCACCUGACUUCAACCCAGCCGACAUCGAAGCUCUUGGGUUGGAUGGAACUUGCGAAGUCCAGAUUCUACGUUCUGCUUGCGCUUGGUCGUUGGGUACGCCUAACAAGGUCGAGCACAGCAUCAUGAACGCAUAUGUGCAGAUGAUUGCCACUUCCGAGCACUUUGUUUAUAUCGAGAACCAGUUCUACAUCAGCAGUGGCGAUGUACUGGGGACAAAAAUCGAGAACAAGAUUAAUGAUGCGAUUGUUGACCGAAUCAAGCGCGCACAUGCCAACGAUGAGGAUUGGAGAGCAUGCAUCAUGCUUCCGCUGAUGCCUGGUUACCAGAACACUGUCGAUGAGCAAGAAGGCAGCAGUGUUCGUCUCAUUAUGACGUGUCAAUAUCACAGCAUCUGCCGUGGCGAAGGCUCCAUCUUCGGACGAUUGCGAGCUGCUGGCAUCGAGCCGGAAGAUUAUAUCAACUUCUACGCACUCCGAUCGUGGGGCGAGAUUGGCCCGAACAAGAUGUUGGUUACAGAGCAGUUGUACAUCCACGCCAAGAUCAUGGUUGUUGACGAUCGAGUCGCCAUCAUCGGUUCCGCAAACAUCAACGAGCGGUCUAUGCUGGGAUCGCGAGACUCUGAGAUUGCCGCUAUCAUCCGCGAUACUGAGCUACUCGAUUCGUACAUGGGCGGCCAGCCAUACAAGGUCGGCAAAUUCCCGCACACGUUGCGCAUGCGCCUCAUGCGAGAGCAUCUCGGUGUUGAUGUUGACUGUAUCUCUGAAGAGGAGAUGCUCAGCCAAAUGUCUGAUGCCGAUAGUGUCGGCUUUCAGACUGAGUCUUCUGGACCUGGUUCGCCAACAGCUCAGCGCGCGACCGAAGAGAAGUUGGAAGAGAAUCACUCCAAGAUGCAGGAUGAGCUUAUCCAGAAGGCGGAGAAGUUACACAGCUUCAACCAUGACUUUGACUGGGCGCAAGACCACAAUCCACAUCUACAAAGCACCAAAAAGCCAUCAGCGGAUCCUCGCGUCCAACACAACUCCGCACAUAUGAAGGAUGUUCGUGGAGAGGGCGCUGACCAUAUGCGUGAAGCUGUAGAGACACGCCCUGUUACGACCUUAGCCCGAGACUCCUACAUCGACGAGCAUGGCCAUGAAAAACUCGUAACUGACGUUGCUGCGGAAGGUGCUGCAGCUACGCCACGUAAGAGCGCAACGCUCAAGACCCGAAAACGUAGUGGCACCACUGGUACCCGGAAUAGUGCCAUCAGCACACAAACUGACGGAACUGGUUAUGCUGGCCUCCCGCCUCCCAAGUUACCCCGCAUGGAUACGCUGAAGCUAGGCUUGACACAACUCAGUCAGCUGCCUGCUUUGCCGCUCCUGGAUGAUACCGACAUUGGUGGCCCACCUGCUCUGCAAAGAACCGUCAGCCAAGGUUCCUCCUCAAUCAUCAAUCCCUUUCUCUCGGAGAUGCGUCGACCCAUCGUCACCGAAGACUGCAUGCGUGACCCCAUCAAUGACACCUUCUUCCUCGACACUUGGCAUCAAGUCGCAGAGAACAACACAAAGCUGUUCCGCCAGGUUUUCCGCUGUAUGCCCGAUAACGAGGUUCGGACUUGGAAAGAGUACCAGGAGUAUGCUGCAUUCUCGGAACGCUUCACCAAAUCUCAAGGUGGGGACAAGAGCCAGAUGCACAAACAGCAGGAUGCACCAGGUACAACUGGGCCGCCUGGGACCGGCCUCACAAGCAAGUUCACUUCGGGGGCUGGUGCUGUCGGAAAGCAAGUCGGAGCCCUAGGAGAGAAGCUCACCGAGAAGAUGACCAACAACUCGGACCGAGUGAAUGGCGAGAGCAUACAUAGCACGACCCACCACUCCAGCAUGGGUGGAGUGGAACAAUGGGCCAACGACCAAGAAAAACGCGUGCAAUCUCAAAGCCCGCCUCCAACCACCACGCGCGGUGGCCUUCACGUCGAAACAGCAUCUGGAUCUACUCUAAAUGAGAAGUUAGCCCCGGAACCCGCUGACGAUGCGGUCGUGUCACCCAUGAACCCCGCUCCACCGGAGAAGACGUUUACCUUCCCUGCUCCACCCCCCAUUCCGAACGACCACACCUCCCACACGGACUUUGCGACUCAAAACGCAAAUGGACCACCGCAAACAUCGCACUCAAUGCGCGACCGCUCCCAACGCAUCACCAUUUCCGAACCCCCGAUCCACCCUUCCGCCCUCCCCGGGAACCAAUCCCACAACCAAAACGGCAGUACGCCCAACCGCUCCAACACUAAACGCUCCCGGCGUCGCGCGACGACGAAGAGUUCGAAUAGACAGUUCCACGCGACAGAUGCGGAUAGUAUGUUGGAUAAGGAGGAUGCGAAGCGUCUGUUGGAGUUGGUGCAGGGACAUAUUGUGCUUUGGCCGUAUGAUUGGUUGGAGAGUGAGGAGAGAGGGGGAGGGUGGUUGUAUAAUGUUGACCAGAUUGCGCCGUUGGAGAUUUAUAAUUAA